UAUUCGUAAAAGGGAAAGAAACUUGACCAAACCCCCAAAGUCUGCAGAGCUAGACGGCCAUGAAAGUUCGGUCUUUGAAGCUGAGAGAAGCCCACAAGGCCUCGAGCAAUGGCCGACCUUCAUUCUGCUCCGUGUUGUGGGACUAUCAAGCUCACCACCUCGUUACUGCCUCCUCUUCCGAUCCCACCAUCUCCAUCCACGACCCUCUUCUUCCUUCCAGUGCUCCCAAGCUCCUGCGCCACCACCGUGACGGCGUUACCUCCCUCGCUCUUAGCCCCAACUCCACCUGCCUUGCUUCUGGCUCGGUGGAUCACUCGGUCAAGCUCUACAAGUUUCCGGCUGGAGAAUUUGAGACUAAUAUCACUAGAUUCACGCUGCCAAUACGUGUCCUUGCCUUUAACAAAUCAGGAACCAUGCUAGCAGCUGCGGGUGAUGACGAAGGCAUCAAACUUAUUAAUACAGUUGAUGGUUCAAUUGCCAGGGUUCUCAAAGGACAUAAAGGACCUGUAACUGGUUUAGGUUUCGACCCGAAUGGUGAAUACUUGGCUUCUAUUGAUUCAACUGGUACUCUCAUAUACUGGGAACUCCAAUCUGGAGAUGCAUUGCAUACCCUUAAAGGCAUCGCUCCUGACUCAGGUUUAGACCUUUCUGUUAUGAAUGUGCUUAGUUGGAGUCCUGAUGGGGAGACCCUAGCAGCUCCUGGUUUGAAAAAUGAUGUUGUGAUGUAUGAUAGAGACACAGCUGAAAAGCUGUUUUCUUUAAGAGGUGAUCACACACAACCUAUUUGUUACUUGUCCUGGUCACCUAAUGGAAAAUACAUGGCUACUUCUAGCCUAGACAAGCAAAUUCUCAUUUGGGAUGUUGAUCGAAGGAUAGAUAUUGACAGGCAGAAAUUUGAUGAUAGAAUUUGUUGCUUAGCAUGGAAGCCAAUAGGCAAUGCUCUGGCUAUUAUUGAUGUUAUGGGUAAGUAUGGUUUGUGGGAAUCAGUUGUCCCAUCCUCUAUGAAAUCUCCUACUGAAGACAUUCCAAGUUUACAAUCUAAAAAUGGUAAUGGGCUCCUUUUGUUUGAGGAAGAGGAUGAAGAACUUUCUACCUCUGGUAGUUUAAGUGAUAUUGGAGAAGAUAGCCAUGGGGAAUCUGAACCACCUUCUAGGAAAAGAUUACGCAAGCAGUCUGCACUUGAGACUGAUUUCGAUGACGAUGGUAGUAAUAAGUUAAUCUUGAUGCGAAAAGUAGAAUCCCGUAAAAAGGCACACAAGGGAAUUGCAGAUUAUGGGAGUGAAAUACAAAGAAGCAAAAUGAUAUCUGAUGGGCCAAAAUUGCAGGAGGCAUUUCAGCCAGGUGCUACUCCUGUACAGUCAGGAAAAAGGCGCUUUUUGUGUUACAACAUGCUCGGAACUAUAACUACAACUGAACAUGAUGGUUACUCCCAUAUAGAGAUAGAUUUCCAUGAUACUAGCAGAGGUCCACGAGUUCCAUCCAUGAAUGAUCAUUUUGGUUUUACAAUGGCUUCAUUAAAUGACAAAGGAAGCGUCUUUGCAAAUCCCUGCAAGGGUGAGAAGAACAUGAGUACUCUCAUGUAUCGUCCGUUCAGUAGCUGGGCAAAUAACAGUGAGUGGUCCAUGCGAUUUGAGGGUGAAGAAGUAAAGGUUGUGGCAUUAGGUACAUCUUGGGUGGCUGCAAUUACAAGUCUUAAUUUCCUUCGCAUUUUCACUGAGGGUGGUUUGCAGAAACAUGUUCUCUCCCUUGAUGGACCAGUGGUUACUGCAUCAGGCUUCAAGGAUGAACUUGCAGUUGUCACCCAUGCUUCUCACUGUCUUCCUUCUGAUGAUCAGAUGCUCGAGUUCAGAGUAUUUAACAUAUCUAACGGGGUCCAGCCACUUAGAGGGUGUCUGCCAUUGACUCCUGGUUCACGUCUAGUAUGGUUUGGGUUUAGUGAAGAAGGACAAUUGAGCUCCUAUGACUCAAAGGGUAUGCUGAGAGUUUUUACCAGCCAAUAUGGGGGCAGUUGGCUCCCACUUUUCAGUGCUAGCAAAGAAAAAAAGUCUGAUGAAAACUAUUGGGUGGUCGGUCUAGAUGCAAGCAAACUCUUUUGUGUAGUCUGCAAAGUUCCUGACUUAUUCCCUCAGGUUAUGCCCAAGCCAGUCCUUAGUCUUCUAAAUCUUUCCUUUCCUCUUGCAUCCUCUGACCUGGGAGCAGAAGCCCUUGAAAAUGAGUUUAUGGUGAACAACAUGCAUCUCUCACAGAUUCAAAAGCAAAUAGAAGAAAUGUCUAGUGUCGGUUUGGACACUUCUUCACUUGAUGAUGAAGUUUUCAAUACAGAAGCGGCUCAAGAUAGAUGCAUUUUGAGACUUAUUGCAUCAUGCUGCAAUGGUGAUAAGCUUGUGAGGGCUACAGAAUUAGUUAAGCUCUUGUCACUAGAAAAAUCAGUGAAGGGUGCAAUUAAACUUGUUACUGUUCUGAAACUUCCCAACUUGGCUGAACGGUUCAAUAGCAUAUUGGAGGAGAGAAUGCUCAUUGAAAGUAAAGGGACCAUGCAAACAAUCCUCCCUAACUCGAAAGGCAAUGCAUCCAUAAAAAAUGAUAUUGCAACUAGCAUGACAUCAACGUCUACUGAAAGAAGUAAACCUUCAGAAAUUGAUUUUUCUUUAUCAUCCUCGAAAUUGUCUGCUCCUCUGUUUACAAAGAAAGCCAAAUUAGAAGGAAAUAAAGUUGACGCUGAGAAAACUGAACGAAACCAUACUUCAAUGAUCAAUGAUAUUGGGAAGGUAAAGAAGAUAGAAGACAUGAAAGCUGCAGGAAAGUCGAAUAAUGCAGUAGAGGUGAAAAAUGUUGGAGAAAUUCUUCAGGCACAAUCUCAUCGUCCGAAUAAUCCAUUUUCAAAUUCAUUGAACAAUCAAGAUAAGAAGACAGGAGAAAUAGAUCAGGUUCCAUCUAACCGUCCAUCAAAUCCAUUCUUGAAGUCGUCUGUCAAGUAAAAGUCUCCUGUUCUGAUGGAAAAGGAGGAAAUUAAAAGCAACAGGUUGUAAAUAGAGGAUAGAAUGAUGUCAUCUAAAUUAGCAUGCCAACUGAAAUGCCCUUUGCCUAAAAAUAACACAUGAAAAAGAUUUCUGUUGUGUAAUUAUGUAUUGAUAGUCAUCAAAGCUUCUUUCUUGCCAUAAAGAGUUCAUUCAACUAAGUCAAUUGGACAUUUAGUAUUUUAGUUUGGCAUUCUAAUCCUGAGUAUCCCCCAGCAUCAAGUUUAGAAAGUAGGAAAUAUUUGAUUCAUUACUCUAGUUUGAGGUCAUGAGAAGUCUUAAGCAAGAAUUGGGUAGCAUUACCUGUUUAAUCUAUAUUGUCUUUUAAUUUUGGCCUGUCUAGUCUAUAUUUUAUUGUCCUGUUCAUUCUUUUAUACUGUGUUUGAAGGGAAAAAGACUAAUAAUAAUAAUAAUAAAAUGACACGUUUGAUGAA